AUGCUUUUAAUGUGUUGUGUCACGUGCUUCAUUCUCUACGUCUACCACAAAACUUCAAGUCGAUUGCGACGAGCGAGUCGAGGCAGAACACCAAAGCAGGUACAGCAACUACCAAAAGUGGAAGAACCAGUGCCACCCGUGCCUAUCGCAGUAUCGUCUGUCGAGGUUAAAACAAAAGAAAAUGAAACAGAUGGGAAGAAUCAGAUAAAUGGAUUUCAAAAGAUCUCAGCACCUGCUACCGAGAAACGCCCCAACAAAUUACGAAUCGAAACGAACAAAGUGUGCCCGGCACAGAGUGCGAUAGCUAUGGAGACAGACUACUCAGCCGACAGCUUCCUGGCAAGUAUGACGAAGGACAGCGCGAAUCGACGACGUCUUCUUCAUGACGAGUUCCUGGUUCUCUCGCGAACGGAGGCUCGUCGACUGACACGGAGCACAGACAGAGCAACGAGACAUGCAGCAGCCAAUAGAUACUCAGACAUUGUGCCUUAUGAUCACACGCUUGUCGAACUCGAUACCGGGGACUACAUCAAUGCGAGCUUCGUUCAGGGUGAGACUGAUGCAUUGCGAUGGAUUGCCACACAAGCACCAAUAGACGCAGGAGAAAGUGUCGGGAAAGAGACAGUUUCAGACUUUUGGCAAAUGAUUGUACAGUAUGACGUGGCAUGCAUUGUCAUGUUAGGACAGCAUCAGGAAGAUUUUGUGCAAAAAUGUGGCGAGUACUGGCCAGAAUCAAUGGGAAAAACAGCAAGAUACGGGAACGUCGAGGUGAAAGUUGUUUGCGAACUCGAAGAAAAAUCUUGGGUGCAUCGAGAGUUUGAUGUUUCGCCGACUUCAUCCUAUUUUCGAGGAGCCAGUGCAAAAAGUAGUCAAAAGAGCCGGCUGAGCCACACAAGCCAAAGUCACGUAAAAGUAUCUCAUUGGCAGUACAAAGAGUGGAAAGAUAACGAUACUCCCCGCAUUUCGAGUUUCCUCGAGUUUUUGCUCCAAGUUCGCCGACGACAAUACACGUCACCAGUUGUUGUUCAUUGCAGUGCUGGAAUAGGACGUACUGGUGUCUUCAUCUGUACGGACAAUGUGAUUUCACGAUUUGAAUCGGAAGGAAUAAUCGACAUUUUCAGCGAAGUGAAUCGAUCACGACAACAACGACCAAGUAUGGUAUACACUGUGAAGCAGUAUGAAUGCAUUUAUAACACUAUCGGUGAAUACUUGAAGCAAACGCAGCAACAAAAGUGA